UGUUUGGAUCAGGCAGGUAGUGUUCUGGGCUGUGGCUGUAGUUUAGUUUGUUCAGUUAUUUUGUAUAUACAAUAAAAUAUUAUUGCAAAGAUUACUGUAUUUGAAAGACAGUAAAGAUGGUAAUGAAGAUAAUCACCGAAACGAAGAAGUUCUCUCAGUUUCUUUUGGGUUAUCAAGAGGAAUGGAAGGACUCGGUAGAUCCUGUCUUCUAUGAGGAUGAGCUCCAGAUCCAGAUCACAGGCCAAGGAAGCAGAAGCCCGCUGCGCAGCUUCUGGAGCGGGAACCAGCCCGCGUUCAUCUGUGAGAGAGCGGUUCCAACUCCUGCCUCUGAAGGUGAAAAUGUGGGAGAUUGUCUUCCCAAUGCGUCCUUGCUUAUGACAGAUGAAGAAGUGACACCCCUGCCCCUCUCUGUUCUCAAAGCCAGGCAGGUGAUUUCGCGGUACGUACUGUCUCAGAACCCCAACGUGCCGCAGCUGGCGGGCGCAGGGGAGCCGGGUGCAGCCCUGUACCCCCUGUGGGUGCGCUGCGACAUGUCUGACCCCGAGGGCACCUGCUGGCUGGGCGCGGACGCAAUCAGGAGUGGCAGCAAAGUCACUGCAGUCAACCUGCACACCGUCACCUGCAAAGGUCCAGCCAUGAGAAAAGAAACUUUGAUUACCCUGGAUGAACUGAAACAGGCUCACAAGAGCAGACACCACGCAUCGACUGUGGCGACCAGGGGCUGUGCGCAGUACGACCUGUUUGGCUCCACCGUGGUGGAAAACACCGUGAUUGAGUCCCAGAGCAGCGUGACCGUGGACUUCACCUGGAACAGUGUCGAGAGCAUCCUGCAGACACCCCCACUCACCUCCACCGCCACCCUGAACAUCAAGGUGACAAGUGGAGACAUGCGGAGCCCUGUGUAUCAGCUGUACAAGGAGCUGGAGUUCAUCCAAGUUUUAGCUGAAGGCUUGAGAACAGGCGUAACAGAGUGGCCUGAACCGCUUGAAACCAAUCCAGCUGUGGAGCUCACCAAGGCUCUUAUAGAGGAUCUAAGGAAUAAAGUGAAGUCCGUUCAGAACCAAUCAGCGAAAGAGAAAGAGCCAAAGAAAGAGAUGAAUGAUUCGAACACUGUGGACGGCUCAAUCCGGAUCGCUUUCCUCACGGAGCGGGGAGAUCUGGAUUUCGUAGAGCAGCUGUGGUCAAAAAUGAGGAAGAGCGUUACAUCUUAUCAGGACAUUGUGGACUGCCUAACAUUGGUAAUCCAGGCCUUGAAAUUUGGUGACAUUCAGCCUUGGAUUCACAGGGGCAGCAGCAGCUCCCUUAGUAAGCUGGUCCUGCAGUCCUACCAUGGUCAAAUGGGCUCUGUCUCUCUCACUGGACUGACUCCAGUCCACAUGCUGCUGGAGGUGGGCCUGGACAAGAUGAGGAAGGACUACAUCAACUACUUCAUAGGGCAAGAACUUUCAACAUUAAACUACCUGAGUUAUUAUCUCAGCUCAGAAGUGGAUCUUCAGGAGCAGGUGGAGCGAUUGAAGAAACUGCACCAUCUGCUGGAGAUCGUGGUGAACUGCAGUACCUUCCUGAGCCUCUCACACCAACACCUCUUCCCUCUGACACAGUCCUGCUUGCAGUUUUACAAAACACACCCAUAUGACGAAGACCACUCGUUUCAGUUGCAGAUCAGACCCACAGUGAUCAGCAGCUUCUAUCAGAAGGAGCACCCUCAGACCUGGAGAGUGGAGGUGUCCAGUGGCCACGGGCCACAGGAGUUGAAGACCACAUGGCAGCUCAGCGACAAGCCCCCAGUGGACCACGUGGCCUUCAACAUGGCAGAUGUCCCCUUUGAAGUCACUGUAAAUGGAGAAAAUGAAGAGCCUAUGUAUUUCACCACAGUCGUCAGCUGUAGCCAAGUCAGCUUUACUUGAUUUCAAAGAUGUAUGCUGGAAUAUAGGGUCUUCGUGUCAACAGCACUGCGCUGUCUUGAGACGGUGGGGUCUUCGCGUCCCGAGCAGCGGCCAUCUACUCAUUCCUCUUGAAUGAGACCUCAUCUCAGGAAGAAAAGCCCAGGUCCAGACAAGACCUGAGGUAGACCUGGGGUGUUCUGUCAGCAGGGAUUUCUGCACUAGCAGGCAGUCUUGCUAAUUCCUGUCCACCCUGCUUGAUCCAAACAGUAUUUCACUCCUCGCAGGCACUCUGAAGUACUCGCUUGACCCAGCUGCUGAGCGCCUGCAAGAAAGGCUCCCUAUGUAAUUGACCAGGAGAGCCAUGGCUGCCCCAC